AUGCUUCAGACAAACUUCAACCUGUCCAUUUCCUUUGCCAUGUCUGGUGCCCUUCAUGUAACUGUACCUAUCCAGUACUCAGACAAACUAUGUGGCAUGUGUGGCAACUUUAACACUGUAAUGGAUGAUGAUAAGAACAUGCCAGACAUAUCUCUGAUCAAGGACACCCAGAUUCUGGGCCAGAAGUUCUGGGCCAAUUCACUCUGCCAAGAGCCCAUUGUUUCAGGCAUGUGCUCAGAAUCUGAGAAGUUGGAAUAUGCAAGCAAGAUGUACUGUGGAGUUCUGAUGUCCCAAAAUGGCCCAUUCUCCAAGUGCUCUUCUUCUCUUGAUACUUCAAGUCUCUUCAGGAGCUGUAUAUCUGAGAUGUGUACUGCUAAAGGAGAUCAUGAGGCCUUCUGUAAUGUCUUGCAGGCAGUUGAAAAGUCCUGCAGUGAGAGAGGAAAGACAUUUAUGGAGGCUGACUGUAAGAGACUGUGCACAUGUGUAGGCCAUGGCAAUAUUGAGUGUUCAGCUACUUCCUGUCUGGCCCAUGAAGUCUGUAAAGUCAAGAAUGGGGCCAUGGGAUGUUUUCCCUCCAGUCCAGUGACCUGCAGUGUCUAUGGUGAUCCUCAUUACAUCACCUUUGAUGGCAAGGCCUAUUCUUUCCAGGGAACCUGCAACUACACUAUUGCUAAAACAUGUAGUGCUGAUGCAGUUCAGUUCACACUAACAGCGCGGAAUGAGGGGCUGAAAAAUUAUACAUCAUCUCUGAACUCUGUGGUUCUGAAUGUGGAUGGCUUGCACCUUGCAAUCAGAAAGAGCAAGCUGGUUUAUGUGAAUGGAAGCCAAAUCACGCUUCCUUUUUUACACAACACCUCAGUGAGUGUGUCCCAAGCAGGUCCAUAUGUGAUUGUGGAAACAAACUUUGGUUUGAGGGUCCUGUUCAAUGGAAAUGACCGACUCUUUGUGCAAGUAGAUGAGAGACAAAAGGGCAGGAUUUGUAUCAACGGCUCUCAGAAUAAACCCGCAUGUUCACCUGAGCUGGAUAACAAUGGAUUUCAGGAGUGCAGUAAGCUGUUUGGAGAUGCCUUCAAAGCCUGCCACUGGUUCGUGCCCCCUCAGAUUUUUGUUAACAGCUGUGUGCAAGAUUACUGCACCUCAGGGGGGGAUCAGAGCCAGCUAUGUACUUCUCUACAAAAUUAUGUGGCAACCUGUGAAGUGUCUGAGGUGUUUCUGGGAGACUGGUGGAAGGGCACAGUCUGUGAUGUUCCAACCACACCACCAACAGUAGAACCAAGCACCCUGACACCAUCACAACCCACUACCCCAAAUUCCAGUGCAAUAUGCAGAAUGAACUGCAAUUUUGAUAACAGCCUUUGCACGUGGACUCAACUGUUGACUGAUGUUUUCAAUUGGACGAGACACCGCGGUCCUACCCCUACAUCGAUGACUGGGCCCUUGUCUGAUCACACAACAGGAACUGGUUACUAUGUGUAUAUUGAGGGUGACAGUGCUUCUCAUGGAGACACAGCACGUCUCCUCAGUGAGGAAUGCUCAAAUGUCCAACCCCAGUGUCUACAGUUCUGGUACCACAUAUACGGCUCCAGCUGGACUAUGGGUCUGAGUGUCUACCUAUUGCAUGGGAAUGUGGCCCAGGAGGUCUGGAGAAAGAGAGAAAACCAGGGGAACACCUGGCAUCAGGCUCUAGUGGACAUCACACCCCAUGACAAAUUCAUGAUUUUGUUUGAAGGACGCAGAGGAGACAAUGCUCGGUCCGAUGUUGCUCUGGAUGAUAUUUCUAUGCACAAAGGAUCGUGUGCAGAUUUAAUAAACCAUCAGAUUGUUUCACCCAUACCUGGAAAGCCAACACCAAUCCCUACAGUCACCAGUGCAACUACAAAACCUGCAUCAUCACUUAUGUGCACAUUCAACUGCAACUUUGACAACAGCCUGUGCACAUGGAGUCAGUUAGCGACUGAUGUUUUUGACUGGACAAGACACAGUGGUCCCACAUCUACAGCAAUGACUGGCCCCCCAUCUGAUCACACAACAGGAACUGGUUACUACCUGUACAUUGAGGGUGACAGCGCUUCUCAUGGAGACACAGCACGUCUCCUCAGUGACGAAUGCUCUGAUGUCCAACCCCAGUGUCUGCAAUUCUGGUACCACAUAUACGGCUCCAGCUGGACAAUGGGUCUGAGUGUCUACCUAUUGCAUGGGAAUGUGGCUCAGGAGGUCUGGAGAAAGAGAGAAAACCAGGGGAACACCUGGCAUCAGGCUCUAGUGGACAUCACGCCCCAUGGCAAAUUCAUGAUUUUAUUUGAAGGACGCAGAGGAGAUAAUGCUCAGUCCGAUGUUGCUCUGGAUGAUAUUUCUAUGCACAAAGGAUCCUGUGCAGAUUUAAUAAAGCAUCAGACUGUUUCACCCAUACCUGGAAAGCCAACACUAAUCCCUACAGUCACCAGUGCAACUACAAAAUCUGCGUCAUCACUUGUGUGCACAUUCAACUGCAACUUUGACAACAGCUUGUGCACAUGGAGUCAGUUAGCGACUGAUGUUUUUGAUUGGACAAGACACAGUGGUCCCACAUCUACAGCAAUGACUGGCCCCCAAUCUGAUCACACAACAGGAACUGGUUACUACCUGUACAUUGAGGGUGACAGUGCUGCUCAUGGAGACACAGCACGUCUCCUCAGUGAGGAAUGCUCUGAUGUCCAACCCCAUUGUCUACAGUUCUGGUACCACAUGUACGGCUCCAGCUGGACUAUGGGUCUGAGUGUCUACCUGUUGCAUGGGAAUGUGGCUCAGGAGGUCUGGAGAAAGAGAGAAAACCAGGGGAACGUUUGGCAUCAGGCUCUAGUGGACAUCAUGCCCCAUGGCAAAUUCAGGAUUUUAUUUGAAGGACGUAGAGGUCACAGUGAUCGGUCAGAUGUUGCUCUGGACGACGUCUCUUUACACAGAGGACCCUGUGCAGUAAUCUCGACAGUCAGCAGCACAACUACAUCUCCACAGCCAUCUACAAAAAACACCCGAAUUGCACCUGUUCAAAGAAACAUCCCUGUACCAGUGAAAUCUAAUUUCUCACCUGGUUGCAGAAUGAACUGCAGUUUUGACUAUAAUUUGUGCACAUGGACUCAGUUAUUGACUGAUGUUUUUGACUGGACGAGACAACAAGGCUCCACCCCUACAUCAAAGACUGGUCCCUCAUUUGAUCACACAACAGGAGCUGGUUACUACCUGUAUAUUGAGGGUGACAGCGCUUCUCAUGGAGACACAGCACGUCUCCUCAGUGAGGAAUGCUCUGAUGUCCAACCCCAGUGUCUGCAAUUCUGGUACCACAUAUACGGCUCCAGCUGGACUAUGGGUCUGAGUGUCUACCUAUUGCAUGGGAAUGUGGCUCAGGAGGUCUGGAGAAAGAGAGAAAACCAGGGGAACACCUGGCAUCAGGCUCUAGUGGACAUCACGCCCCAUGGCAAAUUCAUGAUUUUAUUUGAAGGACGCAGAGGAGACAAUGCUCGGUCUGAUGUUGCUCUGGAUGAUAUUUCUAUACACAAAGGAUCCUGUGCAGAUUUAAUAAAGCAUCCGACUGUUUCACCCAUACCUGGAAAGCAAACACUAAUCCCUACAGUCACCAGUGCAACUACAAAAUCUGUGUCAUCACUUGUGUGCACAUUCAACUGCAACUUUGACAACAGCCUGUGCACAUGGAGUCAGUUAGCGACUGAUGUUUUUGACUGGACAAGACACAGUGGUCCCACAUCUACAGCAAUGACUGGCCCCCCAUCUGAUCACACAACAGGAACUGGUUACUACCUGUACAUUGAGGGUGACAGUGCUGCUCAUGGAGACACAGCACGUCUCCUCAGUGAGGAAUGCUCUGAUGUCCAACCCCAGUGUCUACAGUUCUGGUACCACAUGUACGGCUCCAGCUGGACUAUGGGUCUGAGUGUCUACCUGUUGCAUGGGAAUGUGGCUCAGGAGGUCUGGAGAAAGAGAGAAAACCAGGGGAACGUUUGGCAUCAGGCUCUAGUGGACAUCACGCCCCAUGGCAAAUUCAGGAUUUUAUUUGAAGGACGUAGAGGUCACAGUGAUCGGUCAGAUGUUGCUCUGGAUGACGUCUCUUUACACAGAGGACCCUGUGCAGGUUUACUGGAAGAUCCAAUUGUUUUAACUUUACCUGAGAUAUCAACAGUAAUCUCGACAGUCAGCAGCACAACUACAUCUCCACAGCCAUCUACAAAAAACACCCGAAUUGCACCUGUUCAAAGAAACAUCCCUGUACCAGUGAAAUCUAAUUUCUCACCUGGUUGCAGAAUGAACUGCAGUUUUGACUAUAAUUUGUGCACAUGGACUCAGUUAUUGACUGAUGUUUUUGACUGGACGAGACAACAAGGCUCCACCCCUACAUCAAUGACUGGUCCCUCAUUUGAUCACACAACAGGAGCUGGUUAUUACCUGUAUAUUGAGGGUGACAGCGCUUCUCAUGGAGACACAGCACGUCUCCUCAGUGAGGAAUGCUCUGAUGUCCAACCCCAGUGUCUGCAAUUCUGGUACCACAUAUACGGCUCCAGCUGGACUAUGGGUCUGAGUGUCUACCUAUUGCAUGGGAAUGUGGCUCAGGAGGUCUGGAGAAAGAGAGAAAACCAGGGGAACACCUGGCAUCAGGCUCUAGUGGACAUCACGCCCCAUGGCAAAUUCAUGAUUUUAUUUGAAGGACGCAGAGGAGAUAAUGCUCGGUCCGAUGUUGCUCUGGAUGAUAUUUCUAUGCACAAAGGAUCCUGUGCAGAUUUAAUAAAGCAUCCGACUGUUUCACCCAUACCUGGAAAGCCAACACUAAUCCCUACAGUCACCAGUGCAGCUACAAAAUCUGCGUCAUCACUUGUGUGCACAUUCAACUGCAACUUUGACAACAGCCUGUGCACAUGGAGUCAGUUAGCGACUGAUGUUUUUGACUGGACAAGACACAGUGGUCCCACAUCUACAGCAAUGACUGGCCCCCCAUCUGAUCACACAACAGGAACUGGUUACUACCUGUACAUUGAGGGUGACAGUGCUGCUCAUGGAGACACAGCACGUCUCCUCAGUGAGGAAUGCUCUGAUGUCCAACCCCAGUGUCUACAGUUCUGGUACCACAUGUAUGGCUCCAGCUGGACUAUGGGUCUGAGUGUCUACCUGUUGCAUGGGAAUGUGGCUCAGGAGGUCUGGAGAAAGAGAGAAAACCAGGGGAACGUUUGGCAUCAGGCUCUAGUGGACAUCACGCCCCAUGGCAAAUUCAGGAUUUUAUUUGAAGGACGUAGAGGUCACAGUGAUCGGUCAGAUGUUGCUCUGGACGACGUCUCUUUACACAGAGGACCCUGUGCAGGUAUAUCAACAGUAAUCUCGACAGUCAGCAGCACAACUACAUUUCCACAGCCAUCUACAAAAAACACCCGAAUUGCACCUGUUCAGAGAAACAUCCCUGUACCAGUGAAAUCUAAGUUCUCACCUGGUUGCAGAAUGAACUGCAGUUUUGACUAUAAUUUGUGCACAUGGACUCAGUUAUUGACUGAUGUUUUUGACUGGACGAGACAACAAGGCUCCACCCCUACAUCAAUGACUGGUCCCUCAUUUGAUCACACAACAGGAGCUGGUUACUACCUGUAUAUUGAGGGUGACAGCGCUUCUCAUGGAGACACAGCACGUCUCCUCAGUGAGGAAUGCUCUGAUGUCCAACCCCAGUGUCUGCAAUUCUGGUACCACAUAUACGGCUCCAGCUGGACUAUGGGUCUGAGUGUCUACCUAUUGCAUGGGAAUGUGGCUCAGGAGGUCUGGAGAAAGAGAGAAAACCAGGGGAACACCUGGCAUCAGGCUCUAGUGGACAUCACGCCCCAUGGCAAAUUCAUGAUUUUAUUUGAAGGACGCAGAGGAGACAAUGCUCGGUCUGAUGUUGCUCUGGAUGAUAUUUCUAUGCACAAAGGAUCCUGUGCAGAUUUAAUAAAGCAUCCGACUGUUUCACCCAUACCUGGAAAGCCAACACUAAUCCCUACAGUCACCAGUGCAACUACAAAAUCUGCGUCAUCACUUGUGUGCACAUUCAACUGCAACUUUGACAACAGCCUCUGCACAUGGAGUCAGUUAGCGACUGAUGUUUUUGACUGGACGAGACAACAGGGCUCCACCCCUACAUCAAUGACUGGUCCCUCAUUUGAUCACACAACAGGAGCUGGUUACUACCUGUAUAUUGAGGGUGACAGCGCUUCUCAUGGAGACACAGCACGUCUCCUCAGUGAGGAAUGCUCUGAUGUCCAACCCCAGUGUCUACUGUUCUGGUACCACAUAUACGGCUCCAGCUGGACUAUGGGUCUGAGUGUCUACCUAUUGCAUGGGAAUGUGGCUCAGGAGGUCUGGAGAAAGAGAGAAAACCAGGGGAACACCUGGCAUCAGGCUCUAGUGGACAUCAUGCCCCAUGGCAAAUUCAUGAUUUUAUUUGAAGGACGCAGAGGAGAUAAUGCUCGGUCCGAUGUUGCUCUGGAUGAUAUUUCUAUGCACAAAGGAUCCUGUGCAGAUUUAAUAAACCAUCAGACUGUUUCACCCAUACCUGGAAAUCCAGCAUUAAUCACUACAGUCACCAGUGCAACUACAAAAUCUGCAUCAUCACUUGUGUGCACAUUCAACUGCAACUUUGACAACAGCCUGUGCACAUGGAGUCAGUUAGCGACUGAUGUUUUUGACUGGACAAGACACAGUGGUCCCACAUCUACAGCAAUGACUGGCCCCCCAUCUGAUCACACAACAGGAACUGGUUACUACCUGUACAUUGAGGGUGACAGUGCUGCUCAUGGAGACACAGCACGUCUCCUCAGUGAGGAAUGCUCUGAUGUCCAACCCCAGUGUCUACAGUUCUGGUACCACAUGUAUGGCUCCAGCUGGACUAUGGGUCUGAGUGUCUACCUGUUGCAUGGGAAUGUGGCUCAGGAGGUCUGGAGAAAGCGAGAAGACCAGGGGAACAUUUGGCAUCAGGUUCUAGUGGACAUCAUGCCCCAUGGCAAAUUCAGGAUUUUAUUUGAAGGACGCAGAGGACACAAUGCUCGGUCAGAUGUGGCCAUGGAUGAUGUCUUCAUCCACAAAGGAACCUGUGCAGGUAUUUUUCUCCUAUAA